AUGGCAUCUCAAGCGAAUAACACGGCUGAUAAGCCAAAAGACCAGAGCAACCCCGGCUCAAGCAUUGAUAAACCCCAGCAAGACAACCAGGCCCUCGACAACAAGGGCCAGAAUGUAGGGAACAACGACGACGAGUACGACUCGGGCGCCGACUUCCAAGACGCCGAGGGCGACCAGGAGGAGAAUGCAGGAAAGGGCGGAGAGAACUUCCCUACACCUGAGCCAACGCCCAAGGGGAAGAAGUCUGACGGAAAGAAGCCCGAUGAGAAGAAGGAUGAUGAAAAGAAACCUGAGGAGAAGCUUGGAGAGCAACCUGGGGAUAAGCCCGAGGAUAAGCCCAAGGACACCCUAGAAAAGCCUGAAGACAAGGCAGAGAAGUCCGAAGAGAAACCCAAGGACUCUCUGGAAAAGCCUGAGGAGAAGGUUGAGGAGAAGUCCGAAGAGAAGCCGGACGUGAAACCCGAAGAACAAGCCAAGCCGGAGCCUGCAGAAAAGACAAAGGACGAAGUCACAUCGAAGCCUCAGCCUCAGCCUCAAGUUAAGGAUGAAGAAGAGGAGGAAGACGACGAUGACGAAGAGGACGACGAUGAAGACAGCGACGAGUACGAUGAAGAUGACGACGAGGAUGAUGUAAGCGAAGAAGAAGACGAUGACGAGGAUGAAGAUGAGGAGGAAGAAGACUCUGAGACGGAGAGUGAUGACGAGGAGCCGUCCACCCCCAAGCAUGAGCAGCAGAUGCUCGCCCAGCGCAGACAGCAACAGCUCCUCCAACAGCAGCAGCAACAACAGCAACAGGUACAAAAGCAGGACAGCGGCGGCAAGGACGACGCCCUCAAGCUGCGCCUGGACCUGAACCUGGAGAUUGAGAUUGAGCUCAAGGCCCGCAUCCACGGUGAUCUGACCCUGGCAUUGCUGUAA